AUAAACUCAGAUUCUCGUUGAGUCGUUGGCACCAUGGAACUGGAGCUGUCCAAGUGUUUAUAAUAGGAUGUAAUUACCACGAAGCGCAAAAUUUUUAACCAAACAGGGAAUUCUGAAAAUGCUAAGUAAUUGCGACCAGUAUUGGCUAUUCUCCGGGAUAAUUGUCUUGUGAAAUAGGCUGAUAAACUGAAGCUUGAGUGAAACUAAUAACCACCUGUGAGAGGAGCAGCAACAUUAUUCAGCCCUGUAGCCCACCUGUCCCUGAAGUAUCAAUCAUGACGUAGACAAACUUUAGACUGAGCAGUCUAAUUCUUCAAAAACGUCUAUCACAAGUUUUUGAGUCUUCUUCCAGAACAAGGUAACCUGUCCUUCGCCCAGGCGCCUGCAGCCGCGAAGUAUUCGACUAUAUGGAUAAAGUAUCUCUCAGCUUCGCCCGAAAUGAAUCAGUUACAGCUCAGAGAGACUAGCCGAUAGCAGCACACACACGCAAUCGUUGCAGCAAUGGUGGGCCAGUGUGACCUACCUCAUAAAGCCCCCUGCUACAGCCGGACAUAGAUCGUUAUCUCUCUCACUGCAAGUUCAACUGUGAAACUGCACGCCCUGUGAACUUGGCUCAAGGUAAAAGGGAGAGCAGGCGCAUCGAAGGAGAGACGGGGACAUUGGAUAGAGGGAGAGUUGCAGAAGAAGAGGAGGAAGUGAGGAACAAAACUACAGACUGACAAAAAGAUGCAAAGAAGCCCUACGCACAGAGCAUGAGGUGGAGAGUUGGAAAAGAGAAGAUUGCAUUGUAUUAAAUUAAAUGAGGGCCCCACCCUGGUUGCGACAUUAUUGACAAAAAUUAGCGGGUGAAGCUAAACGGCUGUAACCUAGUGUCAUGCUCUACAUUACCAUGGAGAAUAAAACCUGCCUUCCAUAAUGGGAUCUUUCAUACUGCACCAUCUGGAUGUCACUGGAAACAUGAGGUACAUUCACAAAUGUUAGCCUAGCUGGUCUAGGACCAGUCCACAAUUGAUUUGUACCAAAAAGCUGUGAUCGGAUCUCAGACCGACUUCCUCAACAUCCUGACUUGUGUCUGCAUCAUUCAUCUGGGUGUUUUGAAGUAAAACAAUUGGUCUGAAGAAGCUCUGAGAAUGAUGACCAUGUCUGUGCUGGCCACCACCGGACCAGAAAGCAGCGGCUCCAUGACGCAGCUCGUCCCCAUCCCCACGCUGAACAUCCUCCCCCCGUCCUCAGACACCGAUGCCUGGUCUCGCUCUCCCAGCCCCCGGCCUCCCCGCCGCCACCGGUGCUCCCGCCCCCCCCGGAGCAGAGCCUGGACCAAGAAGAGGAGCGAUGGAGAACAAGAGGAGUCACUCAAACCCCGGUGGGACGGCACUGAGGAGGACGGGAGGGUGAAGGGGAGCGCUGCUCAAAGAAGCCCCUCACGUCUCCCUUCACCCCUCUUGCCACCCAACGUGGAGGACGCGGUCCUGGGCCCUUCCUCGGACCUCUUGCUACCCCCGUCGUCUCGCACCUCCUGGUCACGUAGCUCGUCUCCCGGCCGGCGUUCACGCUGGUCCCUCAGGAGUCUGCUCAGCAGGGAGUCUGACGGGGACAGCUGCAGUACUGCCAGUAACUCUCCGCGCAGCACCCCUGGCAGCUCCCCCUCUCUGCGCCGCCGGGUGCUGGGGGUUAGUGGUGGGGGUGGAAGCAGGACCAGCGACGCGGAGGGUGGCCCAGGGGAGCGCAGCGGGGAAAGGAGGGGUUCGGACAGCCCCCUGCUCUCCUCCUCCGCCUCCGCUUACCCAAUCGCCUCGCGCCAUUUCAGCCGCAAUGCCAAGAAAAUGCAGAGCUGGUACAAUGUUCUCAGUCCCACUUAUAAACAGCGCAAUGAGGAUUUCCGUAAACUCUUCAAGAAGCUGCCAGACACAGAACGCCUCAUAGUGGACUACUCAUGUGCGCUGCAGAAAGACAUCCUACUCCAGGGGAGACUCUAUCUGUCAGAGAACUGGCUCUGCUUCUAUAGCAAUAUCUUCCGCUGGGAAACCACUAUCACAAUCCUGCUGAAAGAUGUGACCACCCUGACCAAGGAGAAGACUGCCAAGGUCAUCCCCAAUGCCAUUCAGAUCAGCACUGACCACGACAAGCACUUCUUCACGUCUUUCGGGGCGAGGGAUCGCAGCUACAUGAUGAUUUUCAGACUGUGGCAGAACGCACUGAUGGACAAGCCUCUGUCCCCAAAGGAGCUGUGGCACAUCGUCCAUCAGUGUUACGGCACUGAGCUGGGCCUCACCAGUGAAGACGAUGACUAUGUCUCCCCCACCGGCGAGCACAUUAACGGUCUACUGCCAGUGGAUGAGUCAGUCUCUGUCUCUGACCUGUUGGACCUCAGCUCCUUGGGGGCCAUAGCUUCUCUUGGUAGCUCGCCCCCCUCCUCCAUGGCAGCCUUGUUCCCCAGUGGCCCCCUCCUAGCCAGUGGUGGUCUGGGCUCAUCUCCCCCCUCCUCAUCCACCUGUCUGCCCAUAGACAUCCCCGGCAGAACCUCCCUGGACCCCCCGGACCCCAGCCCGCCCAGCUCCCAGAUCUCCCUGCCCUCAACCACACACUCCACACACACCGCCUCCUUGUCCGCCCCCGUCUCGGCUGCUGCCUCUUUCUAUGUGGAGGAGGGCGGGGACAGCUUGUUGGAGUCGGCCAAUCAUAUGGUGCCCCUGUCUGCCACCAGCCUGGGAAACCUCUCCUCAUUGGACCAGCUCACCAACGACGACGAGCUGCCCACCGACCCCAGCAACUCCUCAGACACACAGGAAGAGGACGAGGUGGAGUCGUUCUGUGCGGACCUGGCUGGCCGGCUGCACAUCAACAUGGUGGUGCGCAUGAGCGUGGACAAGUUGCACGACCUGCUCUUCUCCGCAGACACACACUUCAUCCAGCAUCUCUUCUCCCAGCGCCACUUCACAGACCUGUCAGUUCGUGAGUGGCAGCAGGACGGCAGCAGUGGGAACACCAACCGGAUCCUGAGUUACACCAUCGCCAUCAACAACCCCUUGGGCCCCAAGACCGCCCCCGUAGUGGAGACGCAGACACUGUAUAAGAACAGUGCCCCGGGCGAGUGUUACGUGGUGGACUCGGAGGUGAUUACCUCGGGCAUCCCCUACCAGGACUACUUCUACACCGUGCACCGCUACUGCCUCACCUCCAUCAACAAGAACAAGAGCAGACUCCGGGUGUCGUCAGAUAUCUGCUACAAGAAGCAGCCGUGGAGCCUGGUGAAGGCGCUCAUCGAGAAGAACACCUGGAGUGGCAUCGAGGAGUACUACAGACACAUGGAGAGUGAGGUGUGUAAGCUGGAGACUCUGCUCCAGUCUGAGGUGUCAGUGGUGACCUCUGGGGAUGUGGUGGGGGCAGACUCUGCCAAGACACCCCCGGCCCUGCGGCGACGCAAACGCACCUGCUCCCGGCGCCCGGGGGACCGGGAGAGAGAGGGAGGGGGUGCGGGAGGUGGAGAGCGUGGGGACAGAGGGAUGGGAGAGGAACGGAGAGAAGCGGGUGGUCAGUACAAGUACGGAGAGCGGUGGCGUGGCGGAGGCAGCAGCAUCUCUACCAUACUGCUCAUAGUCAGCUUCAUGAUCUGUGUCAGUCUGGUGGUGUUGGUGGCCCUCAACAUGCUCUUGUUUUACAAGUUGUAUUCUCUGGAGAGAGCUGCACACACACUGGAGACGUGGCACUCCUUCUCUCUGUCUGACAGUCCUCUACCCCAGUCUGCAGGAGAGUGGGCCCAGGUGUUGCAGCUCCAGAGACAGUUCCACCAGGCCCAGCUGGGCAAAUGGCAACAGAUCCUCCAAUCCUCAGUCACUCUGCUAGACCAGAUGAAACAGUCGUUGGAAAAGCUCCACCGUGGCGUCGUCACUCCAGAAGUCCAGCAGGAUCCCCCCUCGAACCCCACUUCAGAGUCUCUCACUGAGCACUGAUCCUCCAGCCAUCACCAGCCCUCAAGUGGGUAUGAAUAGACCACGGGGGAGGUAGCCAGAGGGGGAGGGUCCGGCUGGGCCAAUCAGGGAGAGUGACUCACUCUCACCCGACCCCGAAGCUCCACUCCUGCUUCUCUACUCAAAACAGACAGGAAGAGAUGUGGGGGGAGUGGGAAUUACCUGUAAGGGGACCUUCACUACCCAUAACUCCCCACGCCUCAGUUUGAGCAACCUGCAAUGGGGUUGGGGGGUGAGAGACCUUUGGGGGGACUACACUACCCAUAAUUCCCCACACCUCAGUCCAAGUUCCACCUUCCAUAGUCACCACCACCUCUCACGUCCAGACAGUUAGACUGGGAAUGUCUUCAGGACUACAGCAAUAACAUAGUCAUUACAUUACCAUAUCUCCCACAGUCAGGGCUAAAGGCUGGCCAAUUUGUAUAGUACCAUCCGCUCCUCACAUGCAACCAACCAUGCUGCUCUCCCUGAACCAUCUCCCCUGCCUGAGCAGCCAAGAGACAUUUUCAAGACAGAUCAUCGACUGCAUUUCAGCAUAUGCAGCCCUGCUGCUGCAUUUCAAAUGGACAGACUCGGGUCCAAUGCAUUUCAAAUGGACAGACUCGGGUCCAAUGCAUUUCAAAUGGAUAGACUCGGGUCCAACACAUUUCAAAUGGAUAGACUCGGGUCCAACGCAUUUCAAAUGGAUAGACUCGGGUCCAACGCAUUUCAAAUGGAUAGACUCGGGUCCAACGCAUUUCAAAUGGAUAGACUCUGGGUCCAACGCACUUCAAAUGGAUAGACUCGGGUCCAACGCAUUUCAAAUGGAUAGACUCGGGUCCAACGCACUUCAAAUGGAUAGACUCGGGUCCAACGCAUUUCAAAUGGAUAGACUCGGGUCCAACGCAUUUCAAAUGGAUAGACUCGGGUCCAACGCAUUUCAAAUGGAUAGACUCGGGUCCAACGCAUUUCAAAUGGAUAGACUCGGGUCCAACGCAUUUCAAAUGGAUAGACUCGGGUCCAACGCAUUUCAAAUGGAUAGACUCGGGUCCAACGCAUUUCAAAAUGGAUUGUCUUGACUUGGUGAGACUGCAUUUCUCAAAAUGGGCCAACCUGGAUUAACUUUGUGUUUCAAAAUGGAUGCAAAUUGGGAGCUUUCCCAGCCCUGAGAAACAGCUAUGGCUCUGUUCCCAGCUGAAGCCAGCCAAGGGGACUUAUGUGCCUCGGUGUGAGGGGUCCGCUCAGCUAAGUCCCCCUUGAGCCUCCGGAAAUGAGGGACACAUGAGGAGAGCGGGACGAGAGAGGGGAUAGAUACAUGAGACUUUCUGUAAUCCAACCAUUUAGUCGUUCUUCCUUUCUCUCUUUCUCUCCAUCCAUCUGGGAUCAGCAGCUUCCAUCUUAAAGGCUUGAUCUCUGACAAAGGCAGUCCGUCCUCUGGGAGAGUCAUUUCAAAACCAGACGUGAAUAAUACAAAAAGACUCCUAAACCCUCUACGAGCUCAUGUUUAUCAUUAGCUGUCUUUUUGAGGGUGACUGGGUCGUUUUGGGAAUUGAGAGAGAGAGCGAAGGAUGAUUGUGUGCGCCAGACCAUUACAGUAUUUAUUUUACACGACUUUGAUUUCGAAAAGUCCUGUCCCGCUCUCAAAGCGAGUGAAUUCUUUUCCCCUUCUAUAUGCUCUGUGUUAAUACUUCAGCACGGACCAAGAAAGAGCUAUAAAGUUAAUAUUUUAUAUUUCCUGGUCAUAGCAAUAAUGAUAUUUGUUGAUUUAUACUACCUUUUGAAUGUGUAAAAAGUAGUAUGUCACUAAAGUGUGUUUAGGGCAAAAUGAGACGAGCAAGCAAAGAUCUGGAGUUGGAGAAGAAGACGGAGAAGUCUAUGUAUUAGAAAGAAGUGUCCUCAUCGUCACAUCGUCACUGUUACAUUUGGUAUUAUUAAGAUUAGUAUGAUUAUGACUUUGUUUGUUUUUCCGCACUCGGUCAACUUCUAAUUGUAUUAUUUGGAUCGGACUUGAAGUGUUUCAGGGUUACCGGCUACUCUGUAGACCAGUCUGCGUACCAAAUAGCACCCCAUUCCCUUUAUAGUGUGGUGCACUACAUAGGAAAGGAUGUGCCGUUUUGGGACGCAGACGCCGUAGACCAGGUAAACAGAGAGAUGCAAUAAACUAGUGACUUUCUAGUGUAAACUGGACUGGAUUUAAAAAAGGACCAACCAGAAGUCUAGGCCCGGAAAAAGAUCAAGGGAAUCUAUUGCAGUACUGUGUUUGUGAGUUCAAAUUGAUAUGUUAUUCAUUUUCAUUUUAUAUCUUCAUUUUGUAGUCUAUCCUGUUUUCUUGUUUUUGUUUGUCGUAAGGUCAUCUCAUUUUAUUUUCUGCCCCCCCCCAUCUGAUUCCCCCCUCACUGUCUAUCAUAAACCAUUUCUCUUUUCCUCAUUGUUUUCCUAUUCAUCCCCCUUCCUAUUGUCUUUCACUCUUCCUCUCUCUCUUUCCUCGUUGUGCUCCCUGCCCCCCUCUCUCCUUCAGUCUCUCGCCUGUGCAAGUGUGUGAGCCUUGCUGUGCACGGCCAAACAGUGAGUGAUCAAAGGAUGUACUAUAUUUAUUAGGGUUGGGGGGGGGGGGGUCGCGGGGUGCAAAUGUACUGUAAAAGAUUUGAUUGUACACAAUGCCCUGGAGAGAAAUGAAAAGCUCUAAAAUAUGCAACAACUCAUCGGAGUCUUAUUUUUUAAAAGUGUGUGUGUCAUUUUAAGCAUUUUCAUAAAAAGUUGAACUAAAAGGUCUUUCAAAACA